AUGGAACACAUUGAGCGCGAGACCCUCUACACCGACCCCGUCUACCGCUUCCAGUACGUCUCCAAGUUCAUGGGCUUUGGCGAUGAGGACGUCGAUGUCAUCAAGGGUGCCGCCGGGCUCAUCAAGCCCCUCGUCCCCGUCGUCGUCGAUGCCGUCUACGCCAAACUCCAUCAAUUCGAUAUCACCUGGUCCGUCAUGGCCAAGCGCCACGAGGGUUUCGUCCCCAAAGCCGGAGUGGUCGAGAAUGCGGCCGACUUGACCGAGAAUGCCGACCAGAUCAAGUUCCGCAAGGACAUGUUGAGCAAGUACUUUGACAAGCUGUUGACCAACCCCUACGACGAGCGCAUGAUCAAGUACCUCGAGUACGUCGCCCGCAUUCAUACCGACACCCCUACCAAGAAGUCCAAGAUCAACGUCGAUGUGAUUCAUAUCAAUGCCCUCCUGGGUUAUGUUGAGGCAGUCCUGAUCGGAGGUAUCAAGUCGCUCAACUUGGACCGUGAUACCGAGUACAAGGCCAUUGCUGCAUUCGGCAAGUUGCUCUGGAUCCAGAUGGACUUCUUCCUCAAGUUCUACUGCCAGGAUGGUGCCGAGUACCUCCCAGGAGCCAAGGAGGCAGCCGCUGCCAACACCACCACCACCAUUGCUAUUUCACAACCCGGUAUCCUCACCCGUCUCUGGCGCUUCUUCUUCUAG